CGCGCCACGAGCCGCGCUCAUUCGCUGUCGGGAGGAGCGGCACGCACAUCAUCCACGUGAGGAGGCAGAUUGUCCAUGGCUCGUGUUUUUGUUCCUGAUCGUCUCUGCUGAAGAUGUGCACUUCCUCUCUAAACGUACGGCUCUGGGUCUGAAGCCGAAAGCCACUGAAAUGUCUCAUGUUUAUCGUCUUCUUUAUGUGCUGUUCAUCAACAGAAGCUCUGUUGCUAAGGUGACCCGGACAAGGCCGACUGAAUAGGGUCUGCCAUGUUUCCUGAUGCUUUGGAAGCUGCAGGGCAGGCGGAGGGCCUGGCCCUGUCCUCUCUGCACCCUCCGCUGGAGUCUGAGGAGGAGGACAUUGAGACAUCAGCCGAGAGAGGACCAAAGAGGAGAGGGCGCUACCGACAUAGCCUACAGCUUCUGAAGCCUUUCAGGAUAACACACAAGCACCAGCACCCAGUCGACAAUGCUGGCCUCUUCUCCUUCAUGACUCUGCAUUGGGUGUCCCCCCUGGUCCUGAAGGCCUACAGGACGUCCAGCCUGUCUGUGGAUGACGUGUGGGGUCUGUCUUGCCACGAAGCCUCUGAAAUAAACAGUCAAAGGCUCGAAUCCUUGUGGCAUGAUGAGCUUAAAAGAAAAGGACGUGAGGAGGCAUCUCUAUCCACAGUGUUCUGGCGGUUCUGCAGGACUCGUAUGCUAGUGGCCAUAUUUUCCUUACUCCUAACAAUGGUGGCAGGCUUUGCAGGACCUGCUCUCCUGAUCCGGGCUCUGCUGGAGUAUUGCCAGAGCACAGAGAAUGACAUAAUGUUUGGCCUGUCCCUGGUGGCUGGGAUCUUCCUCAUGGAGCUCACCCGCUCCUGGUCUGUAGCUCUCAUGUGGGCCGUCAACUACCGCACUGCAGCACGUCUCAGAGGGGCUGCCCUAACGUUUGCCUUUCAGAAGAUCCUCACUCUGCGAAGCACAAAGGAGAUCAGUCCUGGAGAGCUGAUCAAUAUGUGCUCCAGUGAUGGCCAGAGGCUAUAUGAGGCAGUGUCCGUGGGCUGCCUGCUGGCUGGGGGGCCUCUGGUGGGGCUUCUGGGUCUGUCUUAUACUGCAUACUUCCUAGGACCCACAGCCCUUUUGGGAUCUGCCAUAUUCAUCAUUUUCUACCCAGCCAUGAUGCUAGCAUCGAGGCUCACGGCAUAUUUCCGAAGGAAGUGUGUGGCAGUGACCGACCGCCGUGUGAGGCUGAUGAACGAGAUUUUAGGCUGCAUGAAGUUCAUCAAGAUGUACUGUUGGGAAGAUGCCUUUGCCCAAAAUAUUCACAAGGUUCGGUCUGAGGAGAGGUCCAUAUUGGAGAGAGCUGGGAUUGUCCAGAGUCUCACAGUUGGGGUGGCUCCCAUAGUGGUGGUCAUUGCCAGUGUAUGCACUUUUACCCUUCACAUGGCACUGGGCUAUGAAUUAACUGCUGCUGAGGCCUUCACUGUGGUGGCUGUUUUUAACUCCAUGACAUUUGCCUUGAAAGUCACUCCAUUAGCAGUCAGGGCUUUAUCAGAAGGCGCAGUCGCUGUGAAAAGAUUUCAGAGAUUGUUCAUGAUGGAAGAUCGACAGGUCAUUCAAGUAAAAAUGGAUGACCCAAGCAAUGCAGUGGAAUUCCAAGGUGCUACCCUGGCAUGGGAAAAGGCCAGUUCACCAGUAGUAAAGCCGAACCCUCCGCCCAAGAAGCAAACGAAGGGACGGGGUAUGAGACGUGUGCUGCGGCGCGAGAAGCUUAGCCUGUACAUCUCCACAGAGGACAGUAAAGGGACCAAAGACAGCCCCAAUGCUCAGAGCCUGCUCACAAACAUGGAGCAGGAGAGCCCGCAGAGCACUAUAUCCUCCACUCAGAGCAUACGCCCACCACUUCACAAAACCCUACAUCGAAUCGACCUGCGUGUGAAGAAGGGUUCACUAGUUGGAAUUUGUGGGGGUGUUGGUAGUGGAAAGAGUUCCCUUCUCACUGCUCUGCUUGGACAGAUGACGCUUUUAGAGGGAAAUGUAGCCGUAAGUGGUGGGUUUGCUUAUGUGUCGCAACAAGCUUGGAUCCUAAACCACUCACUAAGAGAGAACAUCUUGUUUGGAAAUGAAUUCGAACCACACAAAUAUAACUCCAUCCUUGAAGCAUGCUGCCUCCUCCCUGAUCUGACAGAACUACCAUAUGGAGAUAUGACAGAGAUUGGGGAGAGAGGAGCUAACCUGAGCGGAGGACAGCGGCAGAGAGUGAGCCUGGCCCGAGCCCUGUACAGUGACCGUCCUAUUCUUCUCCUGGAUGACCCUUUGAGUGCAGUGGAUGCAUGUGUGGGCUCACAUGUCUUUCAUAAAGCCAUUAGGGGAACUGCCAAGGGCAAAACUGUGCUCUUUGUUACCCACCAGCUGCAGUAUUUGCCCGAUUGUGAUGAUAUAAUCCUCAUGAAUAAUGGGCAGAUUGUGGAGCACGGCACCCAUGCUCAGCUAAUGGAGAAAGGCCGUGACUAUGCCAUACUAUACAACAGCAUGCAACAGGAGAAUAUUGUAAAAGCCAAUUUGAAAAACAAAGGGCAUAAAACAGGUGCAGAAAAGCCGCAAGCCUGUCUGGAUGUUGCCAAAGUCAAACCAAAGAAAGAUAACAACAAGCAAGCACAACUGAUGAAAGCUGAGGAGAAAGGGCGUGGGGGUGUCGCCUGGUCUGUGUAUGGCUCAUACAUAAAAGCAGCAGGUGGUCCACUCAUCUUCAUCAUCAACGUCCUCCUCUUCUUGUCCACCACCGGCAGCAUAGCCUUUAGCAACUGGUGGCUGAGUUACUGGAUCAGGCAGGGCAGUGGGAACACAUCAUUAAUCUUCACAAAUGAAACUACAGCGAGCAACAGCAUGAACCUAAACCCUCACAUCCAGUUUUAUUCCAACAUCUACAUUGCAUCCAUGGGAGCUGUGGUGACUCUGAAGACUUUAAGAGGUCUGGUCUUUGUAAAGUGUACGGUGAAAGCAAGCUCCAAACUCCACGACAAGCUUUUUCAACAGAUCCUCCUCAGCCCCAUGCACUUUUUCGAUACAACGCCUCUGGGUCGUAUUCUGACCCGCUUCUCCAGAGACAUGGACGAAGUGGAUGUACGCUUGGCAAUGCAAACUGAAAUGGUGCUACAGAACCUGACAUUAGUGCUGUUUUGCAUGGGAAUGGUGGGCACAGUAUUUCCCUGGUUCCUGAUUUCCAUUCUGCCCCUGGGAGCCUUCCUCUGGAUUGUGAACCGUGUUUGCAGAGUCUUGAUUCGUGAGCUUAAGCGCUUGGAAAACAUCAGCCAGUCUCCAUUCACAUCUCACAUAACCAGCAGUUUACAAGGAUUGUCUACUAUCCAUGCCUAUGGAAGAGGGCAAGACUUUGUUCAGAGAUAUCAAGAAUUAUUGGAUACCAACCAGGCCUCCAACUACCUCUUCAGCUGUGCAAUGCGAUGGCUAGCUGUGCGCCUGGACCUGAUCAGCGUCUUUCUCAUCUCUAGUGUAGCACUUCUCAUUGUUCUCAUGCGAAACCAAAUACCUCCAGCCUACGCAGGACUCGCCAUCUCUUAUGCCGUGCAGUUAACAGGCUUGUUUCAGUUUACCGUGAGAUUGGUUACUGAGACAGAGGCUCGGUUUACAUCCGUUGAGAGGAUCAACCAUUACAUAAAGUGUUUGGACAGUGAGGCUCCCAGACAGAGUCUAGAGCAGAGUGCUCCUGCCCCCUCCUGGCCCCACCAGGGAAAAAUCACCUUCCAGAAUGUGGAGAUGAGUUAUAGGCCUGACCUGCCUCUGGUGCUGAAGAGUGUGUCUUUCAACAUCCUACCACAAGAGACGAUUGGCAUAGUGGGUCGCACAGGAUCAGGAAAGUCCUCUCUGGGCGUUGCUCUCUUCAGGCUUGUGGAGCUGACAGGAGGCUCCAUCAUCAUAGAUGGAAUCGAUAUAGCUCAGAUUGGACUGGAUGACCUCAGGAGCAAACUUGCCAUUAUUCCUCAGGAGCCUGUUCUCUUUAUUGGCACAGUCAGGUCUAACUUGGACCCAUGGGAUCAGUACUCUGAUUCUGAAAUAUGGGAGGCACUUGAGCAGACACAUAUCAAAGAAAUGGUGAGCCAGCUUCCUCAUUCUCUCCUCUCAGAGGUAACAGAAAAUGGAGAGAACUUCUCAGUUGGAGAGCGGCAGCUGCUCUGUGUAGCUAGAGCCCUGCUGCGCAACAGCAAGAUUCUUAUUUUGGAUGAGGCAACGGCAGCUAUUGACACAGAAACCGAUCGCCUCAUUCAGGAGACUAUUCGCUCGGCAUUUGGGAGUUGCACCACUCUCAUCAUUGCCCAUCGUCUGAACACCGUCAUGAACUGCAGCAGGGUCAUGGUACUGGAUAAUGGCCAGAUUGUGGAGUUUGACAAACCUGCUUUCUUGCUGGCAGAUGAAAACUCAAGAUUUAGAGCCAUGAUUGAGGCAGCAGAAAAUCAAAGCAGCUAGUCUUGUAUGUGGUACAAUAGCAAACCUUUAAAAAAACUGAUGUUGCACAAACUCACUACUGAUCCUGUCCUGUUAUUGCUCUCUCAAGACACGGUCUGUACAACAUGAAGUUUGAAAACCAAAGACAGAUUCCAUGUUUAUGAAGCAUUGAAGGCCAGAUGGGUAGUAAAACUUAGCAAUAACAAUUCUUCUUUUUAUUAGAUAAUAGAUGGCAAUGUAUUUUGGCCCAUCCUUUUGUUUUCCUCAAAUAGAUCAAUACAUUGUAUUUUAUUUAUAUAAGAAUGCUAAACUAUAGUGCUGAAGUUCACUGUGAAGAAAGCUUAGUACAAUCAUUACCUUCAUAUUCGUUGUUGAUCAUAUUAACAAUUCUAUAGUAAAAGAUCUGAGAUUAUAGGUAUGUUAUACUACUGGAUAAUUCAGUAUCCUUUAUUUAAGAUUUGAGUGAAACAUUGCUAAAUGCAGUGUAUUUCAUUCAUCACUGUGUUGAUGUGUAUAAUAUCUAUUUUUGGUUCACAAUUAACAUUGUAUUUGCACGUUAUAUGUGUCGAAAGAUUCCAGGUCAUGUAAUGGAAAUAGCCAUACAUAUAUUUUAUACAUGUAGUGCACCAUUGUCUACUUCUCUACUGUCUAAAUCCAAAUGCUGAUGUUUAAAUUAUGCACAUAUUGGUAUUAAUAGAAAUAUGGGGGUACUUAACCUUUUGUGACAAGGGUAAAGAAUGGAGAGUGAUGUCUUCAAAUGUUGUCUGCCUUUAUAAUCAAGCAUAUGCUUAAUAAUGCAGUGCAAUAUUUUUAUUGUAUUGACUAUGGCCUUUGACAUGUAUACUUGUUUACUCGUGGUGUUUUUAAAGGCUUAAUUUUUAAAGUCUUGUUUUCAAUAAAAUAUUUUUUAUAUA